AUGGAAGAUUUUGAUUCUGAUGAAGUCCCAGUGUGUGGGGACAAAAGCUCUAAAUCGGCUUUUAAAUUUCUCCUAGAUAUCAACUGGACAGGAUUAACUAAACUGCUUGACAUCCCAGGACUAAAUGGUUUGUCGGACACCGUCAUUCUGGAUAUUAUCUCUAACUAUUUGGUGCUACCAAAUCGAAUCACAGUCCCUUUGGUGAAUGAGGUGCAGCUUGCUCAGUUACGAUUCCCCAUACCUAAGGGUGUCUUAAGAAUUAAUUUCAUUGAAGCUCAAGAUCUAGAGGCAAAGGACACCUAUCUGAAGGGAAUUGUCAAAGGGAAAUCUGACCCAUAUGGAGUCAUUCGAGUUGGUAACCAGGUCUUCCAGAGCAAGGUCAUCAAAGAAAAUCUCAACCCAAAGUGGAAUGAAGUUUAUGAGACCUUGGUAUAUGAACAUCCCGGGCAAGAGCUAGAGAUUGAACUCUUUGAUGAAGACCCUGACAAAGAUGAUUUCCUCGGAAGCCUUAUGCUUGAUCUUGUACAAGUUGAGAAGUCACUACUGGUUGAUGAGUGGUUCACACUGGAUGAAGUUAGUAAAGGAAGGCUACACUUGAAACUGGAGUGGCUUAGCUUAAUGACAACUGCUGAAAACCUGGAUCAGGUACUUACCAGUAUUAGGGCGGAUAGUGAUCAGGCCAGUGAUGGCCUUUCUUCUGCAUUACUCGUUGUGUAUUUGGACUCUGCCCGGAACUUGCCCCAUAAUCCAUUAGAAUUUAACCAGGAUGGCUUGAAGAAGGCUACUGUUCAAAAAGCUAUGAAGUCAGGAAAGAAGUUGAACAGCAACCCUAACCCAUUUGUCCAGUUGUCAGUUGGACAUACAACAUAUGAGAGUAAGAUACGCUAUAAGACAAAUGAACCUGUUUGGGAGGAGGCUUUCACUUUCUUUAUUCACAAUCCUAAGAGACAGGAACUUGACGUUGAGAUUAAAGAUGACCAUCAUCAGUGUUCUUUGGGUAGCUUUAAUCUCCCACUCAGUCAUUUGCUGGAAGCUGAAAAUCUGACCAUCACUGACCGAUUCUUGCUCAGGAAUUCUGGACCAAACAGCACUAUCAAGAUGAAACUAGCCCUAAGGAUACUUUCUCUUGAAAAGCAAGAACAGAACUCCAAUCAACAGUUAGCGGGUCAACUGAAGAAGUCUGUUAUUCAUAAGGAUCCAAAGAGACUUAAUAAGCCACAAACAGCUACAGUUACUGGUGAUCCCAGCAAACCUUCUCCAACAGUUCCAACAGUUCCAGUGACUGAAAGUAACAGAACACCUGAACAUGGGCAGACUGCAGAGCAGGUUUUUCCUUCUCCUUCAAUUUCCCAGCACCCAGAUGAACUCAGCAGAAGCUCUUCUAAUCUCACAGCCUCCAGUUGUACUGGGUCUCCCACACAUCUGUCAGUAAAGGAACCAACACCAAGUAUUGCUUCCGAUAUAUCACUGCCUGUAGCAACCCAAGAGCUUCGACAAAGAUUGCGGCAGCUGCAGAAUGGAACAACAUUGGGUCAGUCCCCACUAGGCCAAAUUCAGCUAACAAUUCGUCACAGUUCUCAAAGGAACAAGCUGAUAGUGGUUGUACAUGCCUGCAGAAACCUAAUAGCCUUCUCUGAGCAUGGCUCAGACCCAUAUGUGCGACUGUAUUUGUUGCCUGACAAACGAAGAUCAGGGAGGCGGAAAACUCAUGUGGUUAAGAAAACACUGAAUCCUAUAUUUGAUGAAACGUUUGAUUUUAAUGUCUCUGUAGCAGAUGUACAAAGGAGAACUCUAGAUGUAGCGGUGAAGAAUAGUGGUGGUUUCUUGUCCAGAGACAAAGGACUUCUUGGAAAGGUGUUAGUAGAUCUGACAUCUGAAGAAAUUACCAAAAGUUGGACACAAUGGCAUGACUUAACAGAAGAUGGUGCAAGGCCACAGGUCCAGACCUAGACAAAGCUGCAGGGAGUCUCUCAGUGAACAGCUGUUUGCAUUGAAAACAUCACAUUCUUGUCUUCAAGAAUACGCACCAGCAUGUUUUUUUUUACAGCUUCACUUUUUAGUCAUUAGUUAUGCCACAGUCAUUUUAUAAGUGUAUGCAAAACUGCCAUCAUGUUUUAUGAAUACUGUGGAAAUUGUCACUGUAUUUUUUUGUUUUUUACUGCAGUUUUACUUUUAUAUAAAUGUGCAAUAGGGUAUGGUGUCACAACAAACCGUCAAAGAAAAAGGAGGUACUGAUUGCCACUGUAAUGGGAGCAUGCUUUUUCUUUGAACCUUUGGUUUGCCUUGUUUGCUCCGUUGAUGUUAUAGACCAUGUAAAUAUUAUGUAUAAUUUUAUAUUACUUUAUUACUGAUCUAAAGAAGAGACAACAGGUAAACACAUUUUUUUAGUUAAGUGCAUGAUUAUUUUUAACAUGUGUUAUAGCUUGCAGUGAAAUCCUUUAAUCAAAUGAAUUUUAUAUUGUUUCAUUGAAGAACACUAUAGGUCAAAUGCAGUGCUGUUAUGACCUAAGCAUAUAAAUUAUAGCUUAUUUAUAAACUGUCA